AUGCCAGCCCCAUACAAGCGUAAGAAGCACUCAGGAAAGAGACCAGAAGAUGGUCAUGAGUCCAAGAGACCCAAACAGAAACAUGGAAGACAGGAAAUGAGAACAAUUACGAGAACAGCUAGAAGAGAACGUCGCGAUGAGGAUGAAGAUGAUGAUGAGCAAGAUGAGGAAAAUGUGAACCAGGUGUUGGAAAGCCAAGAAGAAGAUCUUGAUGACGAAGAAGGUGGUGAAGAUGAUAAAGGAAAAGCAUACGAGGCAUUAUUGACGUUAUUGAAUAGUGAUCACCAGGAGCGGACGAAGAAAGAUACUAGUCCACCAGAGAAGACUCAAGAGACAGACAGCGAGAGCGAAGAAGAUUCUGGGGACGAUGAAAUUGCAGGUGCUAAUGUAGAUGAAGACAAGGAUAUCGAUGAAGAAGGCCCGGAGGAAGACGACGGAGAUGAUGAUGAGCAAGAUCCGUUCGAGGUUCAUUUCAAUAAAGUCGGCGACUCGUACAUCGAUGAGCAAGAAAAAAUGUUGAAAGAUAAGCCAAAAUGGACGUUUACGGAUAAAAAAAGCUUGGAUGAUGCGGGAUAUACAUAUACUUUGCAAGUUCCACCUAAUCCUAUAAAGACCGGUAGCAAGGUCAAAGGUGAUAGUGUCGAGAAAUAUAGCAUUAAACAUAGACUCGUGAGCCCAUUUGAGACUCACCACCCCGAGCCUCUUAAUGAGUUAGAAGGCGUCUUGUUGGAUUCAAUGGUAAAAUAUCAGGAUGUAAGUUAUGCUUAUAGGUCAUUUAACAACGACUCAUACAAGAAGCUUUACCUUUUGCAUGCAUUGAACCAUAUUUUUAAGACUAGAGACCGUAUAUUGAAGAAUAACAAUAAGUUGCAUUCAUACCAAGAAUCAGUCAAGCAGGGAAAGACUAACAUUGACGAACCAGAACUCAGAGAUCAAGGCUUCACCCGUCCCAAGGUAUUAAUUUUGCUUCCUACUAGAAAUGCAUGCUACGAAGUUGUUGAAUUAUUAAUUAAGUUAUGUGGCUCUGAACAACAGGAAAAUAAGAAAAAAUUCAACAAGCAGUUCUUCAGUAAGGAAACACCUCCAGAAUCUAAACCGGAAGAUUUUCAAUAUUCAUUUAAGGGAAAUAAUAAUGAUUUUUUCUGUAUUGGAUUGAAAUUUACCAGAAAAUCCCUCAAGCUUUAUUCAUCAUUUUACUCGUCUGAUAUUAUAAUUGCAUCGCCUAUCGGGCUCUCUAUGAUUUUGGAAAAUCCAGACAAGAAAAAGAGACAAUAUGAUUUCUUAUCAUCUAUUGAGGUUUUAGUUGUGGAUCAGGCUAAUCAAAUAGAAAUGCAAAAUUGGGAUCACGUCAAUACAGUCUUCAAAUAUUUGAACAAAAUUCCUAAGGACUUUCAUGAUGCAGACUUCUCAAGAAUUAGAAUGUGGUCUAUUAAUGACCAGGCAAAUUUAUUGAGACAGAAUUUGGUGUUCAGUGAAUUUUCCACCCCAAAUAUCAACAAUAUCAUAAGUUCAAAAUCACUGAAUUUAUCUGGAAAACUCAGAUUUAAGCCGAUAACUACAUCUAAGACAUGUAUCAUGAAUUCGAUUGGAUUAAAGUUGAAGCAAAUUUUCCAGAGAUUCGAAAGCUCUUCUCCAAUGACUGAUCCAGAAUCAAGAUUUAAGUACUUCAUAAAUUCUGUUCUUCCUUCGUUGACAAAAUCCACCUCAUACGACGACGGCUUGUUGAUUUUCAUCCCAUCAUAUUACGACUAUUUAAGGAUCAAAAAUUACAUGAAAACAUCUACUAAAUUCACAUUUGCCUCAAUUGACGAAUAUACUUCCCAAUCCAAGUUAUCUAGAAAUAGACAGCAAUUUGCAUCGGGAAAAAUUAAGAUAAUGCUCUAUACCGAGAGAUUGCAUCACUUCCGUAGAUUUGAAAUCAACGGCGUUAAGAAUCUCUUAAUGUAUGGUCUUCCAUCGAAUCCAAUUUUUUACAAGGAGUUGGUUAGAUUUAUCGGUAAAUCUGUGUUUAGAGAAAUCGCUGAUUUAGAUUUGUCGUUUAUCAAAAUCCUUUAUUCUAAAUGGGAUGCCGUUGCCCUUGAAAGAGUUGUUGGUAAUGAAAGAGCGCCAGUAUUGUGCAACUCUGUCAAUGAAAUGUAUGAAUUCAGAUAG